AUCAUUACCAGAUGGUGGCCGCUCGCUGCUCGUUCCUUCCUUUUUUCUGCUGCUCGCCGCCCUUCCCCGUCUCCCUCGCUCCGCUCCACUCCCUCUCUCUCUCCCUCGCCUUUUUCCUUCCUCCCUGCUCGAUUUCCAGCUGUUUUUGGAGCGCACAGCGAGAACGGGGGAAGUUCUCCACCAAUUGUUUUGGUCCAGAGAGGAGCUCGGCGGCCGGACCCCUCCCUCCUCCUGCCUCUCUCUCUCUCUCUCUCUCUCUCUCUCUCUCUCUCUCUCUCUCUCCUACCCUCUCUCUCUCCUCCCCUUGUGGAGCACACCUGCUUGAUCUUGGCUGCACGCGCUCCGAGUCCAAUUACCCCACGGGCCCUCGCAGCCACUUCACCAUCUCAUCCCCCAUUCGGCAGGAUUUUUGGGAGUCAACACCAUCUCGCCCACUUCUACUUUUUUUUCCCGGCUUUUCCCGAGAACAGACUCCCUGCAAGCAGCACCAUGAGAUCAGUCUGCCUCUCCCUGCUCCUGGUCACUGCCUGCUGGGCUCUGCCCUUCCGUCAGUCCGGCUUCCUGGACUUCAUGAUGGAGGACGAGGAGGGCUCGGGGCCCCAGCUGCCUGAUGGACCCAAGUGCCCGUUCAGAUGUCAGUGCCACCUGCGUGUGAUCCAGUGCUCCGACCUGGGCCUGAAGGAGGUUCCCGGGGAGAUCCCGGACGACACCACGCUGCUGGACCUGCAGAACAACCGCAUCACCGAGAUCAAGGAGAACGACUUCAAGAACCUCAAGGGGCUGAACGCUCUGAUCCUGGUGAACAACAAGAUCACGGUCAUCCACGCCAAGGCCCUCAACCCUCUGACCAAGCUGCAGCGCCUCUACCUGUCCAAGAACAUGCUGAAGGACAUCCCGGCCAACAUGCCCAAGAGCCUGCAGGAGCUGCGCAUCCACGAGAACGAGAUCACCAAGAUCAGGAAGGCCUCCUUCCAGGGCAUGGCCCACGUCAUCGUCAUGGAGCUCGGCUCCAACCCGUUUAAGAGCGCAGGGAUCGAGGCCGGCGCCUUCGCCGACCUGAAGAGGGUCUCGUACAUACGCAUCGCCGACACUAACAUCACAGAGAUCCCCAAAGGUUUGCCCAGCUCCCUGUCCGAGCUUCACCUGGACGGAAACAAGAUCACCAAGGUGACGGUGGACAGCCUCAAGGGCCUGAAGAACCUGGCUAAGCUGGGUCUGAGCUACAACGAGAUCAGCUCCGUGGAGAACGGCACGCUGGCCAGCGUCCCCCACCUGCGAGAGCUGCACCUGGACAACAACGCUCUGACCAGCGUCCCUCCCGGCCUGCCUGACCACAAGUACAUCCAGGUGGUCUACCUCCACGCCAACAAGAUCGCAGCUGUGGGAACGGAGGACUUCUGCCCUCCUGGCUUCAACACCAAGAAGGCCAUGUACUCCGGCAUCAGCCUGUUCAGCAACCCCGUGCCUUACUGGGAGGUGCAGCCCAUCACCUUCCGCUGCGUCUUCGACCGCUCCGCCAUCCAGCUCGGCAACUACAGGAAGAAGUAGAGGCCCCCAGCUACCGACCCCCGACCCCCGACCCCCCCUGACCCCCCCUGACCCCCACGUGCCUCGGCGAGGAUGCGUGUUUGUAAAUGAGUAUGUGAAAGUUUUGUAAGUGUGCGUCGACCCCCCACACGCUCAUUUUCCAAACGUUAGUGGACAUGGACCGAUUAAAACAGACCCGCUCUCAGCUUUCGCUUCGCGGCCGGACGCAGCAGCAGCAGCAGCAGCAGCUUCACGCAGCUUACAGACGACGCGCGGCACAUCCCUAACACUGCAAACACGCCCUCACAUCCACGCUGCGCCAUGUUUUUGUUCACACCACGUGCAAUUUGAGUUCAGUGGCGGAGCCGAACCAAAAAGAUCUGCAGUGUCGCUCAGUGGGGAGCGUUGGAUCCCGGGUUUUUGACUUUUAGCCAUUGUAUGAAUUCUAGGAACGCUGGCUGUAGAGCAGGCAGCGAGGGGUUAACUUGUUUCACACUAGAAUGUACUAGAUAUUACCUGUGUACUAGAAGUAGUGCUCUCAUGCUGCACAGAUCCCACUUUCUAUUUGCAUUGUACUCAAUUCAAGUAGAGAUAAACGCAAACGUGACUUCUAUCGCACUUACUUCGCCGCGUCUUAAGUUUUGGGUUGUUGUGUUGUUUUUUUUCUACACUUCUUUUCAUCAUCUCCCAGUGUAUGUUGUUUCAUAAAGACUAGGUGAUAGCUUCUGAAAAUAUAGAAUAAACCAUAUAUGUUUUAAAGAAGCCAUUCCCAAAGAUUUAUAUGCAUGCUCCUUCUCCUUUGCCUUUCAGCGGCAACACGAUGCUUUUCCGAACGUCUUUGUCGAUGCCUGUAUGUGUUGGUCUCCAUGUUUCCUCGCCCUUGUUUUUUCCAGAGUGGAGAAGAACUGGAGGGUGGAUGUGGCCUGGCCUCAGCACCCAUGUUGGCGUGUUGUAUGUAAAGACUGUAUAUAAAUGCUGUAUAGAAACGUCUAACCACUUUAAACACGAGCGCCUGCCGUCGCUCACACUUAAUAUAUCAGCACAAAUAAGGUUUUGGCCUUUUUUUCCCCCCAGAGCAGGUGUACUGAUAAAAAUAAAUAUACUAAUGGAAAAAGA